AUGGAGAUCUCCCUCUUGCGCCACCAUUGGAAUCCUCCAGCUCCGAAAUCCCGUCAAAAGGACCCUACAGCCCGGUUUGGUCCACAGCUUUGGCCCGGAGACAGAGAGAACGGCGCUGUGAUACGAGUUGCCCCUCGUUCCGUCGAGGACCUGCGCGCUCUUGGCUUCGUAGCCUCCCCUUUGCAGUGCGAGCGCCGAGAGCACUUCAUCCUCGCAGAGACUUCCAUCACCUCUAUCCCCGAACAACUGCACUCAGGAGCGGAGCCACAACACGAGAUCUGUCUGCAGCUCACGCUCGAAACGAAUACCAAGCCUCGCUUUCUCCUCUCCCAUUUCAUCAACUCGCUGGACAUUCCCGGUACCUCUCCCCGUGCGAAAAUCCCGCGUUCUACGUACCGUCUCGGCGCUGGCACGGGCACCCAUCAUUCAGGAGAUGCAGGGCACGACUACAUCACAUACUUCCUCCCUGGGCUCUCACCUCCCCGCGUGCUCGCCGACGCGCACUUCCUCAUACAUGUCGAUAGCGACCCAGAUACAGGUGCCCUCGGCCUCAGGCUCGUGCGGGUCGGACUGGAGCGCCCCGUGAGGGGUGCGGGUGCUGCCGAUGACAACACGCUCUGGGUCUUCAUCGAGAUGUCCCAGGGGGUUUCGUACCGGCACACCCAAUCAGCUUCUGUGGUCGACGGGCAGCCUUCCUACGGGCUGCUCCCUUUCCAGGGGAUAGCGACGCGCAAUCUACCGGUGAUCUCGAACCCCCCGGUCGAAGGAGCGCUUCCCCAGGCAUUCAUUCCAGUCGAGAAGAUAGACGAAAUUGCUCAUCACAGCAGUUCGAGCCAAAUGACUAGUCCACAGCGCACGUCUACAGACAGACAGGCUACCCAGGACGAACUGGCGCACGUUCCCAACACUAGCACAAAAAGACGACGGCGCGGUAGUGUCGAUGCUGAUUUGUCUCAUAGGCGUGCGAAGCUCCCGCGUCUAACUUCGCAGCGCGCGAUGUCGUCCUUGGCAUUGGCUAUUGCUUCGAAUGCGCCGGAUACCUUUGCAGAGGGUGCCAUCCCGCCUGGGAGUGAUCAUGCUAGCGUCGGUGAUGGGGCGCGGAGGUACUACCACAAUGUCUCACGCUCGUCUCCUCAAGUGCCCGCUGCUAGCGAUGUGGAUGUGACCCCAAGUGCCGUCAGUGAAGACUACGUGGCUACAUCACAAGUGCGCAAGAAUGCCUACAUACGGGCAGCAAACACUCCAACGUCCGCUCUGUCAACUCCGAAUUCCAUGACAUAUACGCUCCCCUCGGAGAGCGCGGACAUAUCCUGCCAGAUUGCUUCUCUCAUGUCGCAAAACGCAGCUCUUGUAUCGCAAAACACCACCCUCAUGUCGCAGAACACCGUACUGUCUGCUCAAGUGACCGCCAUAUUUGCGCAUCUUGAGGGCACGGCUGCAUCCACAGAUCCGCCUCACUCGCUGCAAACCAGCAUGCAGACAUGA